CUGUCAGAGAGAAAGCCCGGCUCCUCGAGUGGGUUCGGCAACCGAACCCACCUCUCGCCGUCACCGCUCUGGUCGGACCCGACGGUGCCACACCACAGCUUCGCCCGGUCUGGCCGCGCCAUCGGAGAAUGCGCCUCGCAUGGCGGCGGUCCCAACGCCGCCAGGUUCGCCGUCCCCGGGGAGGUGUACUGACCCGGGUCCUCCCCGCCCGCCCAUCUUCCAGGUCAGUUUAAAAAUUAAACGUACACCAAAGACUCCCAAUAGUUUUGGAGAUCGCACUACCAGCGAUGUUGUCGUAAGGCUAAGGACCCAUGAAGGGCGAGACAAUUGGUUUUACUGCCACUCUGAGAUUCUCAUAGAGAAGAGCAAGUACUUUGCAGAACGUCUAUCUGAUGACUGGCCAACAUGUCAGAUCCUUGAUUCUCGGUACUGUGUGGAAGUUUACUGUGAAGAACUGGAGUUUGAUUUUCAUGUUAUUGCCUUUCGGCUUCUUUAUGUGACAGAACCACAAACUAGGUAUGGUGUAAGAAAUACACUUGGUAUCUUCCAGGUUGCUGUUCGCCUUGGUUGCCAUCAGCUGGCACAUGAUUGUAUUGAUUACUUAGAGUCCGUUCCUUGGGAAGAGACUGAGGAGGAAGAAAUGUUGAGGAUCAUACCUCAUCUUGGAUCACAAUAUGAGGAGAUCCUUGCACGUCUCCAGCCCGUCAAUCCAAUUUCAGUGGUUGGGGUUUUCAUAUCCACUAUUCGUUUUGCUACAUCAUCACCUUCAACAUCUUUGCGAGAUCUGAAGUCCUCUGCCCAAGAUCAGCUUGAAUACAUGCUCACCGAGGAUGAUGAUGCCCCACUGUUGACCUUGGACAAUGAAGAUAUCAAAAUAGAAGUGAAGAAUUGCAUCAGAGAUCUACUGAGCAGAUUCAAUUACCAUAUAGAAUCUCUUUUAAAUGCAUCUCAAGACAUGGUUUCUGAGAUGACUAUGGUCUGUGACAUGCACUCCUUCCUGUCUGACAUUUCAUGGGUUUGCCAGAUCUUAACUAAGAUGGAAAUGAUGAAGCAUCUUGUUCAUUAUUGGUUGGAAGCAUCUUUGAACAUAGUUAGAGUCACUGAAAAAUUGAAUCAGGAUGAUCACAUGCCAGAGACCAGAUUGAAAGUGAUAGAAGUGACGUCUAAGGUUCUUGAUGCAGUUGGAUUUGGACACGUGAUAGUUGCAACUGCAAUGAGGCUUGGUUUGGUUAAUGUUUGGCUUCCAUUUGUGCAGAGGACAAGGCCUUUGUUGGAGCAAGCCAAUUCGGAUAGUGAGGGAGGGUCAUCACUUCAAAUAGACAGUGAGAUCUGGCAGGGAUUGGAAUCCGCUUUCAUUUCAAUUCUGCUCACAUUGCCAUCUGUGAGCCAAGCUGAAAUAUUGGCAGGAUGGUUGAGGUCAGAGCAUGCUCGUUAUCCAGACCUUACGGAAGCAUUUGAAGCAUGGUGUUAUCGUUCAAAGAUUGCCAAGAGGAGGCUUGCUUUGUCAGAUGGCAUUAGCAACAGGACCAGCUCACAGGUGAAGUUGGAAGCAGCAGAUUAGUUCCAGCAUUGGAAAGUCUUCUGAUGAGGUAGCACUCGAGGAAACCGAUUCCCUACGUCACAGGAGGCUAAGCUUCGAUUUUUCAAAUUUAAAGUUCCUGGCCUAUAUACCUCAUUCCAUUCUGAUCACUUUUUUUAGUAUAGUAACAGAGGAAUCUUACUGUUUAUAAUGGGAUAGCAGCUUCUUUUAUGCUCCAAAAUUUUGUUAGUGUUAUAUUUAUCCAGAUUAAGUUUGAUCAUUUUCUUUCUGUCAACAAAGAGAGAUGAAGCAUUCUACUCAGAGCGUCUACAAGAGUGGUCCAACUGAAUCAGUGUUCUUGAUGGACUGUUGGUGCAUCCAGCAUUUGGACUCGCAGGCAUAGCAAUGCAAUUUUGUUCUUGUUUCACUGCACUGAGGAUUUGAUGGGAAAAGAAUGCUAAUUUUCUUGCUAUACCGAAGACUAAGACUGAAGGCUUUGGUGGGAACAAGUAAUCUCCAUUCAGACAAUAGGUGGCUAGAGUUAGGAUGGGCAAAAUAUUCAAAGGUAAGCUCUACAAUGGCCAGUUCAAAGCCUAUUCAACAAAGGCAAAGCACACAAGCAGGAGGAACUUCUCCUCUGGAUUGCAUAUAUUCUUGUUGAUGUUUGCAAUCCAAACAAAGCUCUAUAACUUGAUGUGAAUGUUAUAGAGUUCAGACAU